UGACGUUUUUGAUCGAGUUUGAGGGUUAGGAACUGUACAUAACUCAAUAAAGUGCUACCAGGUAAAGAAAUUAGGAAAAUCAACAUAUACGAGUUUACCUAAACUAAUAAAUAAUUAGUGUAACAUUCCAAGGAAUCAACAGCAACAACAUCGUGUUUUUUCACUGUUUUGAUUACGCCGAUUUACCCGCCAUUCAAAAUUAUUUUAAACGAAAUUAGAUAUUGAAUUUUCUGAUUAUAUGAGAACUUCGUGGUUGAGUGUAAAGAAAUUGUAACCGGCAAUUUUUAAAACGUAACGUUGCGCAAUUCUUAGAACGUGAUGUUCUUCCCGUUGUUCUUGUUCUAAUUUUGGUUGUCUUGGAUUUAUUUGUGAAGUACAGUAUAGGUUAAGAUGCUUCGAAAACUUACCAAUUUAAAAUUGAACUUAUACAGUGUUCAUCAGAUUAUUAGACAGUCUUCUCAAGCUAUUACUAAAGCUGAACUUCAAGAUGAUGGAUCUGUUGACAUUUCAGGAUAUAAAGUUGGUACAAGAGCAUAUGGUUUUGAAGUUAAAGAUCUUCAAAAUAUUACGGAAUUUAAUAUUACAGCCCUUCGCCUAAUGCACUUAAAAACUCAAUCGGAAUAUUUGCAUUUAUACCGAAAUGAUAACAACAACGUCUUCUCAAUUUGUUUUCGUACCACUCCAAUGGAUAGUUCAGGUCUUCCUCAUAUCCUCGAACAUACUGUCCUUUGUGGAUCAAAACUUUACCCGGUUAGAGACCCUUUUUUUAAGAUGUUAAAUAGAUCCCUAGCAACAUUUAUGAAUGCAAUGACUGGGUCUGAUUACACGUUGUAUCCGUUCAGUACACAAAAUUUCCAGGAUUUUUGUAAUUUGCAAAAGAUUUAUUUGGAUGCAGUUUUCCGACCGAAUUUAUCAUAUUUAGAUUUUCUACAGGAAGGUUGGAGGUUGGAAAAUGUGAAUCCAGAGGAUCCUAAAACUGAUUUAAUAAUAAAAGGAAUUGUUUAUAACGAAAUGAAAGGGGCGUUUUCUGAAAACGAAAGGAUUUUAGAGCAGAAAGUUCAAAAUUUGAUUUUGCCUGAUCAUACUUAUGGUUAUGUCUCAGGUGGGGAUCCUUUAAAAAUUCCAUCACUGACUUGGGAGGAUCUUAAAAAUUUUCAUAAGAAAUCUUAUCAUCCGAGUAACGCAAGGUUUUAUUCGUACGGGAAUUUUCCUCUUAGUCCAACAUUAAAAUAUUUAGAUGAAACUUAUUUAUCAUCAUAUGAGUACCAAAAUCCAAGUGAAAGUUUGGUGCCUUCUCAAAAACGUUGGGAUGGUUUAAAAAAAGUUCAUUCUGAAGGUAGAUAUGAUAAUUUAGGGGAUGUCUUUGAAAAACAAAAUGCUUUAACUAUUUCUUUGGUGAUGACUGACGUCACAAAUGUUUAUGAAGUGUUUUUAUUGAGUUUUCUCACAGAGUUACUUAUAAAAGGCCCGAAUGCUCCGUUUUACAAAUCGAUGAUUGAACCAAAUAUUUCUGGGGGUUUUAUUCCUUGUACCGGACUAGACACACAACCUAGGGAUUCUAUUUUCACCAUAGGAUUACAAGGAUUAAAAGUAGACGAUUUUGAAACCGUUCAAGAAUUGUUUGAAAAAACAAUUAAUGAUGUAAUCGCCAACGGAUUUGAAUCUAAACACAUUGAAUCGGUUCUACAUCGAUACGAAAUCAGCGUUAAACAUGAAAUGUCUAGUUUUGGGUUGAAUUUAUUGUUUGGACUGAUUCCAACUUGGAAUCAUGGGGGCGACAUCAUCAGUUGUUUGAGAGUGAAUAAUUUGUUGGAUAGAUUGCGUUCAGAUUUAAAGAACGAUUCGAAAUUUUUACAAAAUACCGUCGAGAAAUAUUUCAAAAAAAAUAAUCACAAACUCAUUUUAACUAUGUCGCCUGAUAAAGAGUACGAAUCUAAACUUUUACAACAAGAAAACGAAUUAAUUAAAAGCAAAGUGGCCACAUUAACAGAUGAAAUAAAACAAAGCAUUUAUGACAAAGGAUUGUUAUUAUUAAAAGAGCAAAGUGCCGAACAAAACAAAGAAUUGUUACCUACUCUAACGAUGCAGGAUAUUAACAACGACGUCGAACACGUCCAAACUGAAAAGAUCAAAAUCGGACCGGUUCCAACCCAAAUAAAUAAAGUUAACUCGAAUGGAAUCACUUAUUUUCGCGGAAUAAUCAAUACUUCUCAACUAACCCCAGAACAACACAUGCUUCUACCAUUGUUCUGUUACAUUAUCACAAAAAUGGGAACUAAAACUAUGAAUUAUCGUGAAUUUGACAAUUUAGUUAUGACCAAAACGACCGGUUUAAAUAUAUCAGUUCAUUUUGCUGAAAGCUUGUAUCAAUUACACGUGUAUGAGCCGGGUAUAUUAUUGUCAAGUUAUUGUUUGGAUCAUAAUGUUGAUGCUAUGUGGGAUCUUUGGACUGAAAUAUUUAACUUGACUGAAUUCAAAGAUGUGAAGAGAUUUGAGACUUUAACGCACUUAUACAUGACCAGUAUGACACAAGGUGUUGCUGAAAGCGGUCAUCUUUACGCUAUGCAAUCAGCAGCUGGCUUGGUUUCAGGGGCAGCUUAUCAGAAAGAUUUACUUACAGGGUUACAACAUAUUAGUUAUAUGAGAACUUUAAUGAAAACUAGAAGGUAUGAAUCAAUACUUACCGAGUUGGCUCAGAUUGCAAAGUUGUUGUUUGAUAAAAAUAAUUUAAGGUGUUCGUUAAAUUUGUUAGAAUCAAGUCAAGCAACAAUUGUAGGAAGUUACGAAAAGUUCAUAACAAAAUUACCAGGAAAUAGAUUCGGAGUUCCAAAUGAAACAACAUUUAACACAGGAAAAGUUUGGGCACCAACCGACGCAAUAAACUGUCACCAUCACGUAAUUAACGUUCCAAUCCACUUUUGUAGUAAAGGCAUUUUGACUACUCCAUAUACAAAUGCAGACUACGCUAAACUGCGUGUUUUGGGAAGGUUAUUGUCAGCGAGAUAUCUUCAUCCAGAAUUAAGAGAAAAACGGGGGGCUUAUGGAAGUGGGGCGAGAAUAAAUUCCGACGGCGUUUUUACUUUUUAUAGUUACAGAGAUCCAAAUCAUUUAGCUACGUUAGAUAUUUUUGAUAAGAGUUAUAGCUGGUUACAUAGCGAUUUGAGUAAAGUGACGAAUCAGGACAUUUUGGAAGCUAAGUUAGGCGUGUUUCAAGCUGUUGAUGCCCCUUUAACUCCAUCUAAUAAAGGGAUGAGAGAGUUUUUAAUGGGGAUUAGUCCUGAUAUUUUACAAAGACAUAGGGCGGAUAUAAUGGUCGUCAAUCGUGAUGGAUUAAAAGAUGUUAGCGAAAAAUAUUUGUCGCGGGAUUCACCUUCACAAACUAGUAAAGUAAUACUAGGUCCUAAAAGCGAAAAUUUAAAUACAGCUUCAAGGACGAAAGAACUUUGGACUACUGUUGAAAACGAACAGAUUGGAUAGAUUUGCAAUAGAUUUGUUAUUUAUGUUAUUAAAAUUGUUAAUGUAACUUAUUUUUCUUUUACUUUGAAAAUGUGAGAUUAAAGAAGUACAUAGAACUUAA